GUACAAGCUAUCAAGGGUCUUAACGAGGCGGUGCAGGAUAAAGACUCCCUUAUACAGAUAUGGGUGCCAAUCCAACAAGAAGGCAAGAACUUCCUCACCACUUUGGAGCAGCCACAUUCCUUCAACCCAAAACACUUGAGUCUUAAAAGAUACAGAGAUGCCUCAGUGGAAUACAACUUCCUGGCUGAUGAGGAUUCCAAGGAGUCUGUAGGUCUCCCUGGCCGUGUGUUCCUUGGGAAGUUACCUGAGUGGACACCUGAUGUGCGGUUCUUCAGAAGUGAAGAGUAUCCACGCAUCAAAGAAGCUCAGAGAUGUGAUGUUCGUGGAUCAUUAGCUCUUCCUGUGUUUGAAAGAGGUAGUGGGAUUUGUCUAGGUGUUGUUGAGAUUGUCAGAACAACUCAAAAGAUGAAUUACAAGCCAGAACUUGAGAAUAUCUGUAAAGCUCUAGAGGCUGUUAAUCUAAGAAGUUCAGAAAACUUGAAAUCUCCAAGCAGUGAGGUCUAUGAUCAAUUCUAUUAUGCAGCAUUACCUGAGGUAUCAGUCUUUUUGACAUCAGUCUGCAGAUCAUAUGAUCUGCCUCUGGCUUUAACAUGGGCACCGUGUGCUAGGCAAGGCAGAGGUGGAUCCAGACAUUCAGAUGAGAACUUCUCUGAGUGUGUUUCAACCGUGGAUUCUGCUUGCUUUGUUCUGGACCAACAGAGUUAUCAUUUCCAAGUGGCAUGCUCUGAACACCAUUUGCUUCAAGGGGAAGGCAUUGUGGGAAAAGCAUUUAAAGCGACCAAACUGUUCUUUGUCCCUGAAGUUACCACUUUUAGCAAGACCAAUUACUCUCUUGCGCACCACGCUAAGAUCUCUGGUCUACAUGCCGCUUUGGCUGUCCCUUUGAAAAACAAAUUCAAUGGUUCUGUUGAGUUUGUGUUGGAGUUUUUCUUUCCCAAAAGUUGUCUUGACACAGAAGCGCAACAAGAAACGCUCAAGUCACUGUCUGUGACACUGCAGAAUGAUUUCAGGAGCUUGAAUCUUGUCAUUGAUAAAGAGCUAGAGCUGGAAGUGGUGUUUCCCGUUAAAGAGGAACUGCUUUUCUCAGAGAACCCUUUGCCUCUGGAACCUUUGCCUUUGGAAGAGAUCUCUCAGGAAGAUUCCUCAUGGAUCUCCCACAUGAUAAAGGCUAACGAGAAGGGUAAAGGCGUGUCCCUUUCAUGGGAGUAUCAGAAAGAAGAGCCCAAAGAAGAGUUCAUGCUGACAUCUGGCUGGGACAACAAGAAUCAGAUUAGCCGUGGCCACAGUAGCUUUGAUGCAUCUUCCUUUGGUGUGGGACAAGGACAACCGUUGUUAGGAAGUAGAAGACCAGGUGAAAAGAGAAGAACAAAAACAGAAAAGACGAUUGGUUUAGAAGUUCUUAGACAGUACUUUGCAGGAAGCCUCAAAGAUGCAGCCAAGAACAUUGGUGUUUGUCCAACUACAUUGAAAAGAAUAUGUAGGCAACAUGGGAUAACAAGAUGGCCUUCCAGGAAGAUCAAGAAAGUGGGACACUCUUUAAAGAAACUCCAACUUGUUAUCGACUCUGUUCAAGGUGUUCAAGGCUCUAUCCAACUAGAUUCAUUCUACACAAGUUUCCCAGAGUUGAGCUCCCAGAAUGUAUCUGGAACUUCCUUCAAGAACAAUGACCAGUCAAGACACUUGAAUGCUCAAACCGAAAAGGGUCUUUCAGCUCAGGGAGUUGCUUCAAGGUCACCACCAUCAUCUUCUUGUAGCCACAGCUCUGGUUCAAGCACAUGCUGCUCAACUGAAGCUAAUCAAAGCACCAAUACUGCUAAUAAUACUUUAACCACUACUCUGAUGGCUGAAAAUGCUGGUGAAAUCUUGAAGAGAGCUCGUAGCGAGGUAAAACUUCACACAGUGAACAUGGAGGAAUCAAAGCCUCUCUCAAGAACACUAAGCCACAAAACAAUCAGCGAGCAUCCUCUUUUCAAGAGUUUACCAGAGAGUCGUAGCAGAAGCUUGAAAGCUGGAGGCGGAUUUAAAGUGAAAGCCACGUUCGGUGAGGCCAACGUAAGGUUUACUUUGCUCCCAACAUGGGGCUUCAGAGAGUUGCGGCUAGAGAUCGCUAGGCGUUUUAACAUAGAUAAUAAUAAUAUUGCAGCCUUUGAUCUUAAGUACCUGGAUGAUGACAAGGAGUGGGUUCUUCUGACGUGUGAAGCGGAUCUCGAGGAGUGUAUCGACAUUUAUAGAUCAUCACAGAGCCGCACUAUCAAGAUCAGCGUUCAUGAAGCUUCUCAACUCAAGCUGAGAGGCUCUUUUGGUAGUACUGGUCCUUCGUUAUAAGCCAUAUGGAAAGGUCGCUACCUGAAAGGACAAGGAGAAUCUUCUACUAAUUUAACAGUGUGUUAGAAACAAAAUAUUACUCACAAAUUUAUAGACUUAGGACAUCGUUUGUAUACACACUUUCAGUGCCUUGGAACAAUACAAUACUAUUUUGCAAGCAGUAGUAGUGGACUACUCAAGACUGGUUUUCUGCAUCGGCUUUAGCAUGUUUUUUUGUAUAGUAAGGGCGAUAUUGCAUACCAGGAAAACAUGCUUAUUUGUAUUUUAUUUUAUGUUCUGGAUU